AUGUCUUCUGAGGAGAACUUAUUCUGUAAAUGGGGUAUCGUCAUCAAGAGAUCGAAGAAUUGCGGCGAAGUGAGAAAUCGAAAUCUUCAAGUUCAGUUUUUUUAUCAUCAGGUAGAAGUUGCCGUGAUCUCAAAAUAUGAAAAACCAGGAAAAGUGGAGUUUUUUGGUCUUAAUCAAAGAGAAAUUUCAACAAAUUAUUCUCCUCACCCAGGAGACACUGUCAGCUACACAGUGAGAAACGGUUUUGUACAGGUUAGAUAAAUAGUAUUCAUUCGCUUUGAUUAUUCAUUUCUUUAUGACAGGACUUUCGGAAAAAGGAACUAUGGUUGCGAGAUUGGACUGUUUUUAAUGGAAACGAAGUUGCGGUAAUUAAUUUGCAAUUUGGCUUAAGUAGAUUUGAUUACAGAUUCACACUAUCAUGUUUCUGAAAAAUGACCACAGAAUUAUCAGCAAUGGUUGCGAGAAUUGUUAUAUCGUGGAAACUUGUGACUUCGCUGAGGUUUGACGGGGUUAGCCGGAAUUUUUCUUAAUUCCGCUUUUUUUUGGGUUGAAGUGCCUAUUAGGGUUAUAAACGAGACGAUGGAAAAACGUCACCCACUACAAGCUAAAACGGAGCCGUUUUUCCGAAUAGCAGUCCAAAAGUAUGUUCCAACAGUCAAAAGUUUUCUCUACUAGUUAGAUAAUUUUUCAGGUGCGCAGAUGGAGCAUCUUCACGCUGGCGCUACAGGGAUGAUUUACCUAUUGUUCCGGUUUACCGAAACUUCUGUACUACUAAUGUUAUUUUUCAAUCUUUUUCUAUUUGGAAAGUGAUUUUAUGUGUUAAGAAUCCGCCGUUUAUCCAGGAGGAUCUCGAUUAUGGGAUCAUAAACGCCCUUGUCAUUUGCAGUAGUUCGCAGGAGCGCCUUCUGUGGACAGAGCAUAUGGGUAUUUUAUAUUUUUUUCUAUUGUUUAUGGAAACAGUUGAGUUUGAGUUUUUGUUAGUUAUAUUUUUUUAAAUAAAAAAAACAGUGCUGUUUAGAAAAAAAUAUUGACUUGGAAAAAAAAAAAUUGAAACUUCGCUUUUUCUAAUUUUUUUUAAAAAUAAAUCACUAUACAUAGUCAAAGUCGGAAAAGGCUCCAUGGAAAUUUUCCUUUUUAGGGUGAAAAAGGUUCCUUUUUUGCUACCUUUUUGCGCCAUGUCAUCGGCUCUCAUUCACCAAUUUUGCUGUCUCUCCUUUUUCCAGCAUUCCUUGAGCCUUUGAAGUUCUAAAAAAAAAAAUAGAAGGUUCAAUAAAGGAACUCACUUUGCCGCCUUCUUGCGACCUUUUUUGAGCUUCUCCCUUUUAACGACCACUAUCCACCAUGCCGACUUUGCCCGACUAUGGAAUCUCUACUUUUUUUUUCGUUUUCCUAGCGUUGCCGGCAAAAAUAAAUUCAGGAUGUGCAAUAUUUCCGUCGACAUCCCAGGCGUCUCUUCCAGCAAUCGGAACCUCCAUGGGGAUUCUUCUCCGGUACGCAAGUCCAUUUUUCAAUUUUCAUUUUUCCAAUUCAAUUUUUCAGAAGAACCUCGCGUUCGGAUUCUUUCGGAUUCCCUGUCUACUAUAAAGUUCCACCCGACGGACUUAUCAAAAUCACCGAAAAGCCACCUUUCGUCGUGAAAAUCGACCAUCACGAUCAGCGGAUCUAUGUGGGAGGACGUUUCUUGACGUCACUUGAAGAGAUUUCCAGGUGGAGAGCUCUGGCAGAGUCAAUCAGUCUUUCGACGCCGCCGAAGACAAUAUUUUCGUGAAGGGAAUCGGGCUGGUCAGGGAGAAUGUGAGCAAGUUCGUGAUUUGGACAUUUUUGUGGUUCCGAGCAGGAUAAUCGAGCUUUUUGUACACGAGAAAUCGAAAAGCAUUAAAGUGAAGCCUAAGCCAUUUAAUUUCUCCAACUAGAGAAUGGCCUCUAUGGGACUUCCGAAUAGGACUAGGCUUCCUAGGUGCAAUUUUUCACGCUGAUUCCAAGUCUUUUCUCAAAAACUGCCAUCGAGGCUUGUGGAAAACCUUUGGGGCUCACGUAAGUUGAAAGUUUCGAUGACUCCGAUGUAGAUCUUGUCUCUAUAAUCAAGAAAAAACUUAAAACUAUUUUCAAAAAAAGCCUAGAUAUGAUCUUUCAAGGUCCGCACUUUUAUGAUUUAUCGUGACCAUAUAGACAAGAUCUAUAUACCCUCCAAAAAUGAGCUCAACCGGAGCUUCCGAACUUCUCGACUUCCAAGAUCCCCUAACAUUUUUCGCAAGUCUCGUGAACAGUUUUUGAGACCAGACUUGUGAAUAGAGACCAUUCCCUAUUAAGUAUAAGAUUGGAGAUCUCCUCAAUAAAUAUACUUUUUUUUGGCCAGACUUGAAAUCCGUGUUCUCACGUCGAAUGGUUCAUAGUUUUGCGGUUGAAACUGUGCGUCUUUCUGACUUGACUGUUAUCGAAAAAAAUCUUUUCUGUUAAGGCAUGCCACCGUCAAGCGUUGAGCCACUACUCCUUAAAAUUGGAUGAAAUUUAUUUAAAUUUUCUUAAAAAAGUAUCUUGACGGUUUUGCGUCGUUAGAGUGCUUAUAUAAGAGUCUUACUGGAAGCUUAAUGAUUUUUACUACCAGAAAAAAAUACGAGGAAAACGCAGAGAAAAAAGGGUUUUCAGAUACGUUCAACACUUGCGUCUGGGGGCUUCCUGCGACGUCAGGCUCUCAUUUGAAAUUUCUCCAAGGACCAAUACGGUUGUACCACGCGUCGAAGACCUUCUCGCAGUAAUUUUUAGUCUAUUUAAUUCUUAUGAAAAAAAGAAAAUUGAAGUUGUUUUGGCGGCUUUCGAACAAGACCGUAGGAAGGAUAGACUUGUUGCAAAAAGGAACAAAAAGUUUAUUUAAAUGUAUUUUACCGAUUUUUUUUCCUUCCGAAAAAGUGAGCGAUUCUCAAAAAUUUGGAAAAAGUAGUGUUUGAGAAAAAAUAGACAACAUGUAGCGUGUCUAUGGUCCUCAGGAUCGCAAGUUCGAUCCUCGCCGCGACUCAACCAAGGGGUUCAAGAAAUUUUGGUAAUAGGAAACCACGGCUUCAUAAUCCCCAGCUGUCACAAGAACGGAUAUGUCACUCGAUCCAGUCCAUAAAAUAUCACUGAUAUCAGGAUAUAGUCCGUUUUUCGCGACUUGAAAGGGCGAGACUUCUCUGCGCCCUCCUCGUCUUUCGACGACCCUCUCUUGUUGACGCGCUUUUUUCGCGUUUUUUUGACCUAAGAGAGUAGACAGGGAGAGUCGGACACUCGAAAACUAUCAAGUCGCGGCGGACGGACCAUAGGACCUUGCCUAAUCGAAUCGGGGCACCGACGGCGCUCAAGCGGUACAAAGGGAAAAUGUUUAGUGGCCACUAUAGAGGCUCGCCAAGGAUUACUUGGAGAGGGCACUAAAGUGGCCACUAAACCCACCUCUAUAGACGCCACGGCUUUCCGUUUUACCACUAUAGAGAUUCUCUAUUUAGUGGCCACUUCAGUAGUUUUUCAUCCAGUAUUCCUUCCAGUAACUCUGAUAAUUUAAAAAAAAAGCAGAUUGGACCAGUUAUGUUGAUCCAAAAGUGGCCACUAAAAUUUUUAGUGGUCUAGUGGUAGCACGUAGAUCUCUAUUGUGACCACUAAUUUUUAACCCCUUGAGUGGCCACCGAUUUGACUACUAUAGUGGUCACCAAAACGUCAAAACCCUAUAAGGGCCAGUAAAAUUUUUAGUGGUCUAGUAGUAGCACGUUGACCUCUAUAGUGGCCACUAAUUUUCAACCCCUUCAGUGGCCACUAGAAAUUUUUCUAGUAAGGAUAAGAAAAGUUUGAGAAAAUUAUUGUAACCAGAAAUAGCCCAUUGAAAAGUAUGUAGCAUAAUUUUCGGCGGUUAAUUACAGGGAGACGAAUUCCAAAUCAUACUGAGAAUCGUGUGUGUGAGGCGACACAAAGAGUCGAGAUUCAAUAAUUAUUACGCCGUCGUCGACACCUUCGACCAGAGCGAAGAAACUCAAAGACGGAUCUCUCAGUUCGUGAGUGUUCCUCACCGACUUCUCGUCUGCGGACUCAACGAGAGAAGGCCACCCGGAGACUCUUCUUUCCUUCUGAACUGCGUAAAGGCGAAGAUACCGUAGGAUAAACCUUUCUUCUCUCACUUACUGCGUUUUCUAGACGUUUCCCGUUGAAAGAUGAGCUGCCAAUGGUUGCGGAGGCUGUCGAUGUCACCAAACUCAUUCGAACAGAUCGUACCGCCCCUUUUUUCGUUUCUGAGGGAAAUGUUAUGGUUUUCCCAAUUCACUUCCAAACCCUGGUAGUCUGAUUCGUAAUAGGUGCAAGUCCAAGCUCGAUUCCUCAAAUAUUCAAACUCUUCAAUUUUUCUGCGCAGCGAGAACCCUCCCCUGCUGCUUGUGGAUCCACAACAAAAAAGCGCUUCUUUCAGCUGUCUCGACGAGUUUUGGGUUCUUGCCACUUGGUAGAACUUUUAUCGGAGGCACAUCGAACUGUGAUUUUUUUCAGUCACUUUUCGGAUAACGAGCCCGAAUUUGUGGUGUUGAAAUGCGCGGAGUACGAAGGAAUGCUGUCAUCCGAUUCUUCAUCAAAUCUCGCAGUGAUUAAUGAUUCAAGAGACUAUCGUGUUCCCCAAGCUCCUAUUCCGCACGACUCUGGUGUCAAGGUAUAGAAGUCACUCCUAGUCGUCGAGAUCACAGUUUUCAGGACUUUGAGCCGCCAUUGCGACAAAGCACGCCUUUGCCUCCCGACGACUCCACAAAUCGACCAUUUGUCCCAAAAGUUAGAUCUUUUUCAAUGUUUAGACUUCCACAAAAGACCAUUCUUUCCGUAAUCUUAGUUUUUCGGUUCUAGAAGUUUUUCCACUCGAAAUUCCUUAUAUGGAGAUGAGGGUCCUGAAAGUUUCAACAUGGGUAGCUCUUUUUUUAACAUAGUAUUUUUUUCAUAUUCUUUUCUUAGAAACUCCAGAGUGGUUCCUAUAGGGACAACUUUAGGGGCCCUUGCGGCUCUCCUCUAGAGACCACUAAAGCUUGCAAAAUUGGUUCCUGUAAGGGUUUUUAGCUAGUGACCCCUAUAGGGGACAUGCUAGUCGAUGUUUUUUAUGAACCCUAUGCGAAAAAGCAUUUCCAUGCGAAAAACUAAAUGAAUGAGCGUAUUUUGAAAAAAAAUUGAACGACCCCUAGAGGGGCCACUUAAGCUUUAGGAGAUACAGGGUCAGACCCUUAAGACCUAUAGAGACCACCUGGAUUUCAUCCCAUAUAGGGACUACUUUUUCGGUUCCUAUUAAGACUGUUCUUACCUCCCAUAGGGGUCACUUCAAAGUUCCUAAGAUCCGAAAGGGAUUUAUCACCAAAAAUGAGCUUUCGUUUUUUUUUCGAAAAAAAAAACUAGAAAAUUGUGAAAUUUGAUGUAAUAGAAAAAUGUAUAUUUGCGAGUGUGACGACCUACUUUUUCUUCAUUUGAUACAAUUUACGAAUUUAAAGGAGGUUCCUGCAUCCAUGCCUUCGAGGAGAGCUCUCAACGACACUCUGCAGACCGAAGUUUGUUCAAAAUUGAACAUUUCUAUACUUCAACACACAGAUCGUGACCGAAAGUAUGCUAGAUGCCCUAUCAGUCCGUGGCUAUGGCCCCAAAAAGGAGUCUGAUAAUGGCAGCUUUUGUGAGAGUUUCUCCAGGAGAGGAGCAAAAAAGGUCUACGAUUCCCGCAGCUCGUCUCUCAACACAAGCUUUUCGACAACUUUUGAUGACGAUAAUCGAUUUCUCAACUCGUCUGGAUGGUUCCGCGGUAACGAUCGGCGUUCUAGGUCAAUCACUUUCUUAUAUUUAUAUUUCUCUUGCUUCAAUCAUCCUGAUUGUCGGGGAAGAUACAGUAGUUGCUUCCUUGUCGGCUAACCAAUCAGUGUAUGGUUCUAAUGAAAGAGUCCGAUUUUCAGGUGGCCACGGAACUUCCCACUGGGAGUUCGGUCAAAUCCACGUCUGAGAGGUGACGCCGAGAUUUUGAAAGACAUGCUCAACGAAUUUUCGUGAGUUGCUUGUCGAAAAUCGGAACUCAAUGAUAUUUUCAAGAGAAACGCGUUAUAUUAUUCAUCCGCGAGAGUUGGACAGAUACAUAAGCUGCUGGAUGAAACCUCCGAAUUGCCAUAUAUCCAAGAUCAAGGUUCACAUUUCUCCUAAUUUCUCCAAAAAAAGUUGCGGUGCACCCCGAGUGUAACCGGGGGCACACCCCAUUUAGCUUUAAAUGCAUAUUUAGGUACUUAUCCGUACAAGAUUUCCAAGUGGUUUAUUUCCCAGUAUCACCAUUUUCCACAGUUUCAUAUUGGGCCGUUACGGUAGCUCGAAAAAAAUUCUUUAUUCCCGACCGGUUGCCCCAGGGGUGCGCGCCAUCCACGUCCACCAUGCACCUUGAUGUUUUCGGUUUUUUCGGAACUCACUGCGAGUUACACCUUCAUUUUUGUUAGAUUGCUUUCAAAUCUACUUAGUUUCCAGUUGGGGCAAAAGAAUCACAGUCACGCUUUUAGGAAAAAGACGUUCAUUUGAUUGGCGUAGAGCUUCAAGAUACAAAAGAUCCGAAGCUACCUUUCCAUUGUCUCGUUCGUUUUUCUCUACACCAUGCAGAAAUCGACGAGCGAAUGAUCGUUGUGCCGUUUGGGUAAGUCUGAUCUUUUUUAGGAAAGAAAAGAAGAAAAGAGAUUUAUAGAAGGAACUUUCCUCAUCUCCCUGAGGAUUUCGAGUUGGGAGUCAGGUAUCGAGGAAUCUUCCAAAAAUUUCCCGGCGAAGUAAGUUUCUCCUGACAAUCGGCAACUAUUGUACAUUGUCAUCCGAAAAAGAUCUUUAUCUAAUGCACUGAAAAGAGUUUCCCACGUCUACGAGGGUUUCAUUUCAACGGAGACGGCCGCAUUUUCAAGCAACCUGAUGUUGGAGAUAUCGAGAAGUUCAGGACCGUCACUAUCAAAAACAGCUUCGUGGUCCAGGUGACAUUGAAGCUAAGGCGAUUUUCACUAGAUCGGUUAAGCUCCUCGUCCAAUGUUCGAGGCCGAUGAACGACCCUUUCACAUGUUUCGAGCUUUUCACUUUUCUAAACGACCACAUCGUCGUCCCGAAAAGUAUUGUAAGUCUCUUAUUCCAAGUUUGUCAAGUUUUUGGUUGCGCUCCAUUGUCAGUUUUUCUCAACUUGACAGCAUACAUCGGCUGAACCCCUUUAGCGCGCGAAAAGAUUUGAAAAUGUACUGAGAUAGGCCGUACUUUUUUUUUUUGGGGGGGGGGGGUCGGUCGCAGUUUGAGGGGGGUAGGCCGCUCCCAGGAGUGGGUAAUUAAAAAUGUUUCAAAUUUUGAAAAGACUCGCAUUUGCCCUCAAGAUUCUUGUCAAAAAGCAACGUCGCGUACGCAAAAAAUCCCAAGAAACCCUUUCAAAAGAAUAAAAAAAAAACUAGAGCCAUUAAAAACCAUCGUCAGGCGCAUGCGCAUCUAUAGCUGAUUCACGGCUGGCUUGAACAAUCGGAAAAGAGUCCUGACAAGAUAAUAAAAGAGAUAGUGCCUGGCUUGAGGAGAGCGCAGACAGGCCACGCCCCUUUGGUGUCCCAAACUAUGCAUGAAUCGGCUAUAUUCAGACUCGAACAUAGCCAACGACUUGACAAGCGAAAUGUAAACCAAUAUAUUAAUUGCUCAUGUUAAACAAUUUGAGAUCUUUGAAGAGCAAUUGUCUCGAAACUACGACCGUUAUGAGUAUUGGGCAACAAUUGAACCGCUCCCAGGGGUUGAGAAUCGCUUCAGAACCACUUUCAACUCGAAAAAAUAAUUAAGAUUGGGUAUUAUCUACCGUCUUCCUCCCAAAGAUCCUCUUGUGUGGUCUACUGGAAAAUGGUGCCGACAAUGAUUGACGACAGCGACGGCGGCCCUCGUCUCAUUAAGGUCUACUCAAUGAUGGGAAACUUCAAGACAUGAACUUCAGAGGGUUCCUGCUAUUGAUCACAAAAUCACACGUCAUCCCUUUGUCCGCGAUCCUCCACAGAAGCUUGAAUGCACCAUUGCUGAAAGUGCGGAACAGAAUCACAAGGUAGAAAAACGAGUCAUUCAUAACUUUUUAAUCGAGGAUGAACUAUCUAUUUCAGAAUCGAUUGGAAAAAAUGCGGGCUCAGAAGGAUCCCCGGAUUCUCGAGGUCGAUGACCCCAAUCCUAACAAGGAGGUAAAAGUUCGCGAGGUUAGAAAAUCGAAAAUGAUGAUAACUUUUAUUGAAAACUUCAGAUAACUCUUGAGAAACGCAUCGAAGAAAUUUUGUUCUGUUUGAGGAAACUACUCGAAUUUUUGACUCAAAUAAAAACAGAAGGAUUUUUCGGCUUUCUUUCUGAGGACAAGGUGGGUUAUGUCACCAGCAUAAUCAUAAUUUUUAGCUCUUCAGAGGGACUAAAAGAACUUUUUUAGCGUGUUUUUAAAGAUCGGAGUGAGGACUAUGACAUUCUUUACAAACUGUCGAAUUAGGAACUCCAGAGUGGUCCCUAUAAGAGCAACCUUAGGGGCCCUUCGAUGAUCCCCUCUAGGGACCACUUUACUAACCCCUAUAAGGGCCACUAAAGCUUGAAAAAGUGGUUCCUAGUGAUUUUGAUUAGUGGACCCUAUAGGUGACUUGCAAGUCGAUAAAUCUUUUUGAAUAAAAUUGAACGACCUCUAUAGGGUCCACUUAGACUCCAAGGGCUAAGGGCUCAGACCCUCAACCUCUAUAAGGACUUCUUGAUUUUACUCCUAUUGGAACCACUUUUUCGGCACCUGAAAGGGCUGCUUGUCCCAAUGUUCCCGAUAAAGACCACUCCAGAAAUCCUUGGUUAUUUCUGAUUUACUAAAACUUCUCAAGGGCAGUAAAAUUUUCAGGUCCAGCUUAUGAUCGAGGACAUUGAGAAAGACACUCGAAAAUGUUCAGAAGACCACAAAAAAAGAGAAAAAAUUCGCAACGGAAAUUCUUUCUUCUUGACGCUGUUGCUCGGAUCUUUUGCAAGACUCCAAUCCUCAGUAUUAUACGAAGUCAUUUUUCGUCACCUUCGUUUUUUUUUCCUCAGGAACUCGGUAAUAUUCUACUGAAAUUGAUGGGCAGGAAUGUCGUCAUGAAUGCUACCUCACUCAAAAUGUCUCCAGAUGAAAAGGAUCUGGUAGGAUUCUGAUUACCAGUCUUUUCUUUAUAAACUGUCUAGGUUUCCAAGUUGCAACAUAUGGGACUCGGAUAUGAUGACCUCCGGGACUCCACGGAAUGA